CCAACAAUUCCCCGCAAAGAGCAAGCAUUUAGUGCGACAGUGGCGAGGAAAAACAUACUUUUAGGCAGAAACCUCGAGAAACAUCGCGUGUUGAGGAAAACAUCCUUUCUAUGUCUUUCUAUUUCUAUGCUCGAAAACAACUCGGAUCCUCCGCGCAUGCGUACAUUCUAAAAUACGAUUUGCACAACGGUCCGAUAUCAAAGAUGGCGGGAGCCUCCGACCCACUGGAGGACAUGCUCUUCAAUGAGGUGGAUGAGAAAGCAGUUAGCGACUUAGUUGGCUCUCUGGAGUCUCAGCUCGGCGACAGAAAGGCUCCCGCCGCUUCUUAUUCCGACGGGAAACGGGACGCAGCGCCAACGGCCGCCGGGCACUUCUCAGGGAAAGUGCGCGAGCAAGUGGGGUCUGUGGAGCCGCAACAAGGGCAUCCAAAAGCGGCGUUACUGACCCAGGAACCCGGCGCUAACGUUUCUGAGCCGCUCUCCGGGAAACCCCUCACUUCUUCUACCUCCUCUGUCGCCGCCGGGGCCGUGAUCACCGCCGGAGCGAGUCUACAAACAGUUGGAGUCGGAGCAUCUCCCGUUAUCUCCCCGGGAACUUUGCCCACUCAGCCCGGCGCUGCUAGCUUCCAACGGACGGCUGUUCUGGGCUCGAGCGUUCUGACUCCGGGCUCGAGCGUUCUGGGAUGGUUCUGGUCCGGACGGAGACGGGCCAGCUGGUGAUGGUCCCCCAGCAGGUUCUGGCCCAGGCGCAGGCCAAGACGCAGCAGGCCCAGGCCCAGGCAGCGGCCAACCUCAACCAGAGACCGGCGGCGCCAACAGCCGGGACCGCCAUCCGGGUCAGCACCGCCGCUACGGCUCCUCAGACGGUCCGCCUGGCCGCCCCCGUUCAGACCAGAAUGGUUCAGUCUCCCUCCACCACCGUACAGAAGGCUCUCACGGUGGCGCCGGGCGGAGCCGCGGUGUCGGUGAAGAUGACCCCCCAGAAGGCUCAAACGGUGAUCACCGCCGGGGGGACGCCAGUGACCAAACCUGCCGGCGUCCCGUCCGCCCCGCUGACCAGCGCCACGCCCGCCCCCGCGCCCACCACGCCCGCCAGAGUCAACAUGGUGUCGCAGGAGAUGCAGGAAAAUGUGAAGAAGUGUAAGAACUUCCUGGCCACUCUGAUCAAGCUGGCGUCGCACAACUCUCCUUCCCCCGAUACCUCCAAGAAUGUCAAGGCCCUGGUGCAGGACCUGCUGGAUGCAAAGAUUGAGCCGGAGGAGUUCACCACUCGGCUGCAGGCUGAGUUGAAGUCCUCCCCACAGCCCUACCUCAUCCCCUUCCUCAAGGCUGUGAACCGAGCAGGAGUCCAGCCGGUUCAGACCCGUUCUCCAGUCGUCUUCAGUCAGACUCUCAGACCUCAGGGGACGCUCGUGAGUCGACCCAUGACGAUAAUCGGCAGAGGUCUGGUGACGCCGACAGCUACGGCCAAUCAGAGGAAGCUGAGCGACCCGGGGGGCGGGACCUUCAGAGACCCAGACCCAGCCCAGAGCAGUCAGCGGUGUAGUUCAGAGAUCAGCCAGCAGAGGGCGCCACAGUAA